AGGGAAUAUGCGACGGAGAAACUGAUAAAUCUUUUCUUGCCACAUGGAACAGAAGAUUCUAUAAGAAUGGCUUUGGUUUUACUAUAUAUCCAGGCAGAACGCAUAGAACAAGCUGAAAAGUACUUGGAAUCUGUGUCUGAUAGAUUUUUGAGAAAUAUUCUCCUGGAGUAUUGGCAGCUCCUUUUUGAUACCACUGCUAUUAUGAAAAAAAGUCGUGCAAUUCCAACUUUUUCUGAACUUUCAGGAACUCUAGUUAGAAAGAAACCCAUAUUAUUUGCUGAAAUACUCGCUCGAUUAAUUGCAGAAUCUGUCUUAUCAUUGCAACAGGUCUUGCAAGUUUUUUUAGAUUAUUUACCAUCAAGACUUGGAAGAGAUGGACAUGAUGCAUCAGAAUCUCUUCAGUAUUUUUUGGAAAUCCAUUUUUAUAUAUUUUUUGAAAAAAAUCUUGAACUUGAUGCUUCCUGCUAUGACGUUGCCACUACUGAGGCCUUUAAAAUUUUAAUUAGGUCAUAUCUAAGUAAAUUGACUCAAAAAAAAGUAUAUUGCAAGGAUGCCAGGAUACCAGGAUACCAGGAUCAAAAAAUGGAAACCCCGAAAUUUCUAUUUGCCAAUUAUAGGCCUCACUAUCUAGAUGAAAUGCCUCCUUUUGCUAAAGAAUAUCAACAAACUCUAGCGCAAAUGGAUCGAUCGGUCAGAGUCGAAAUAAUAAAACUCCAAGCUUUAUUAACCAGCGGAAAGUUGCCAAUUGGAUGUACACACGAAGUGAACAAUUUUUUGGACAGUGAAGAAAUCGAUGGUAGUCUUUCGAUACGUAUUCUCUGCUUUGAAGAAACUUAUAUACCAACUAAGCUGUUAGUGGCAGCCUACCCACAAGCUGUACUGCAAUAUGCAAAGAGGAAUUCACAGCAAUCCUGUACUUAGCGUUGUUUUUUACACGUAAGUGUUUUUUGGGGGAUAGUACUAAAUCAGACCACUGUACGUCCCACGGUACGCCGAUUCAGAGGCUUGCCCGUCGGAAGCAUCGCGGCGUUCGAGAGGUAAGGAAGGAAAGAACUGGGCCAAGGACUUAUAGCAAAGUGAUACGAAAAACUGCAAGAAAAAUAAUCCAAAUUAAUUCGUUAACGCACCAGAGCUGUAUUAAGCAGAAUAAAAGGCC